UUGGAACAUGUCCAUUUGUCAAUGUCAACAUUGUCAAAUUCCGAUGAAAGUGAAAAUAAAUGAUAUGUAACUGGAUUGAUAAAUUAAUUUAUAUUAUCAGUCAAGAAAGACUCAUAAGUAAAUAUGAAAGUCAAUUUAAGAUAAUCUGUUUUGUUCUCUACGUUUGUUUAGUUUGCCACAGUCAUAAUCAACACGCAAGUUGCGAUGAGUCAUCACCGAUGAAAGUGACAGAGACAAACAUCCGUUCUAGUAAACAAUUAUUUACCCAGAAAGUAAAUAAAAAUAUACAAAGCGUAGGUGCCUUAUAUUCAUAUUUCAGGUGUUAGAUACUUGAAGUCCAUUCAAAUGGACGAGAGGAGAGUUGCAGAUUAUUUUGUUGUUGCUGGUCUACCAGAUGAUCCAGAACCUCUGGAUGAGACUACUCUUUCGGAAGGAGGCAAUCUCAAAGCUAGCCAUGGACAGCCUCCUAUUACAGAUAUUAGUGUUAUAUUCCCAGCUUUGGGGGAGACUAAGCCAGACGAUUACGAGGUCAUUACAAGGACUCCCUCAGGGUUGACUGCUGACCUAAACCAUGGGAGUUUACGCACCAAUGAAUGUUUUCUGUGCAUCAGGAGAGGAAGAGAUAAACCCCCUUUGGUUGAUAUCGGUGUUAUGUAUGAAGGCAAAGAAAGACUCAUGGAAGACGCAGGAGUUGUUAAAGAAAGUGUUGGCGGUAACGUGGCUAAUGUAAAUAACUCCACAUCACAAACUUUCAUCACAUACAGAAGAGGGCUAGCUUCCAUGCCUUGUAAUGCUUUGGUCGUGACAGACGUUUGUGUUGUAAUAGCUAGUAAGAGUGAAUCUCCUCCUCACGCUUUCUGCUGUAUAAACAAAAAUCUCAACAAAGGAAUUGUUGGCAGUGAUGUUUUUCUAUGCUAUAAAAAGUCUAUGAAUCGAGCCAAGCUGCUCACUUACAAACCUGCAGUUCUUUCAAGGUAUCCAACAAAAGAUCUAGCAGACUUUCCCUUUCCAAAUUCAGUGCCUUUAUUCUGCUUACCGAUGGGUGCCACUCUAGAGCUAUGGCCACAAGAAGCAACCCAACCCAAACCUGUCUUCAGCACUUUCGUUCUGACUGUUUCAGAUGCAAAACAUAAAGUAUAUGGAUCUGCUGUUACUUUCUACGAAAAAAUUUCUGAAGAGGAGCUCUCACCUAAACAAAAAGAACUUCUCAAAUUAUCCGAGGGCUCUGAUUUUGCACUACACGUUAAUAAAAGUAUUUGUGUUCUGUCACACUGGCCGUUCUCUGAUGAUUUCCAAACCUGGUUGAGGUGGUUGCAUAAUAUAGGUACAAACGGAAAACCUCAACCAAUUCCUGUCGAACGUUACAUAACGCAACUGUUGGAUGAAGUUCCAUUCCCGUCCCCCAGAAUAUUGCUACAGAUGUCGCCCAACCUUAACACCGACACAGUCAUUUUGACGCAGCCUGAAGAUUUGCCAUUGCCUAGAAGCGCAGCUAGUUUCAAACAACUGCUCAUCAACUUGGGCCCGGAAAAUUGCCUGCAAGUUUUAUUGCUGAUGUUAACGGAACAGAAAGUGUUGAUACACUCUUUGAGACCUGAUACGUUGACGUCGGUAGCUGAAGCUGUUUCGACAAUGUUGUUCCCAUUCAAGUGGCAGUGUCCUUACAUUCCUCUUUGCCCUCUCGGUCUAGUCGAAGUUCUACAUGCACCGCUACCAUUUCUAAUUGGGGUAGACUCGAGGUAUUUUGAUUUAUAUGAUCCGCCACCUGAUGUAAGCUGCAUCGAUCUGGAUACCAAUAUAAUAACGAUAGCUGAAACCCAAAGACAAACUCUGAACUUCAAGUUACUUCCUAAAAGAGCAGCAAAAAUUCUAAAAUCGACGCUAGACUAUCUUUAUUAUCAGUUGAGGAACAAUACUUCUGUAGCCUCAGAUACUGUCAAUCAGGAUGACAUAGAGCUGGAGUUCCAAAGAAGAAAGAAAGAGCAAGCUCAAGAACUGGAAAUUCAAGAGGCUUUUCUCAAAUUUAUGGCCAUGGCACUGAAAGGCUAUCGUUCGUAUCUUCUGCCAAUAACUAAGGCUCCGACAGUUGGAACGACGGAUCCUCAGGCGUUAUUCCAACUGAAUGACUUCCUGAGAAGUAGGGAUAAGACUCACCACAAGUUCUUCACUUUAUUGAUGAGAACUCAGAUGUUCAUCAGAUUCAUUGAAGAAAGAAGCUUCGUAGCAGAUGGUGAUCAAGGUUUGGCCUUUUUCGACGACUGCAUGGAGAAAAUCGGAAAUGAAGAGGGGCCUAUGUUAAGACUGAUAGAAUUGGAUUUGAUGCAUAAGAGUGAUAGGACAGUAUUCGUUCUGCCUCCAGAGCCAACUGCGCCUGGUAUAUUGAUAAAAAAAGUUUAUUUGUAUAUUUUCGAAACGAAAACUUUUUUUUCAGGUGAAUUUUGUGAAUAUACCCGUUUCAACUUAAACCCUGAACUGCUCAUCACCUUUGGCAAAAAGAAGAACCCCCUUUCUUCUUUGAUGCAAUCUGUUAUUCCUGGGUCUCCCAUGGCAAGAAGAACAAAACAGGAGAUAAAAUUUGCUCAAAAAUUAGCCAGAAAAUCUUUGCGGUCACCAGAUUCAUGGGCUAGAUGUUUGUGCGGAACGUGUCACACCCUCUACUUCAUGAUCCUUCCCAGUAUGCUUCACCUCAACGUGGGCAAAGAAAAAGCCAUCUUGCAACAAUCUUACGAGCUUCUUGUUAGAGCUACAAAGCUACGGUUAGCUUGUGACGAAGUUUGCUACAGACUGAUGAUGCAAUUGUGUGGAGAACACUCCAGGCCGCUACUUGCCGUGAAACUUCUAGUUUUGAUGAAAAAAUUCGGUAUCCAGCCGAACGCUCUUACAUAUGGGUUGUAUAACCGAUGUGUUUUGGAAGCUGAAUGGCCAGCUUAUUCAGGUACCAGCCAGCUCUUAUGGAAUAAAUUGAGGAACGUAGUCAUUGGAGCUGCUCACUUCAAAUGGGCUGCUAGGAAGAGAGCUGCACGAACGCUGUCAGCUUCAACUGAGGGGGGUAGCAGCUUGCUAGAUCAAACAGAUCGGGCGAUAUCACGCUCCUCGCUAGAUUCACACGAAGCAAUAAAAGAAGACAGUGCUUAUUUAUUACGAAGAGGCACAAGCAUCAUAAAAGGCAGCUUGAACGGUUUGGAAGAGGUGGACGGUUUGGAAGCUAAAGAAAAUGAAAUCUGUGAUAAAGAACCUGUUACCCAUGACGAAGGUCAAAUUGAAAAGAAAUUCCUUACACCAGAUAGCCCGUCAGAGUAUAGGUUGCUGUCAAGAUCCGAGAGCGCUGCUGACGCGAAUCUUAUCGACCAAAUUCAGAUCGGCAACAAAAAGAACUGUUCUAAAGCUCUUCAGUUCAGCAACAGGGAACCCACGGAAAUUGUUGAGAAUGGAAAGAACUCUCCAUCAAAAGUUUCCCCUCGGGAAGUAGUGACCGAAAACGAUCCUUUGGGGGCAUUUGUCGAGCAGCCUCCAGAAGAAACGCCUGCUUCACCAAAUGAUCUGAACUUUGAUUCUCGAAUCAAAAAUGACAUGACAGUCGAACCUGUCCUGUUCAGAUCAACCGUCCAGAGGUCGGCUACUUUUGAAGGCAGUCCUCCAGCUCAGAACAAAUUGCAUCGAUCGGAAACGGUCCCAGCUUCAACGGUAGCUUCGAGUUUAGCUAAUUUAGGGACGAGUUUGAAACUGGGUUUCAGCCGCUAUUCACCAUCACGCCUCUCCCUUCGCAAAGCCGACCUGAAAGUACCCCAGCAGUUCCUUGAGAAUGCCAUUAACAACUUCAGUCCAAGUAGUUUAACUAGUAAAAAAUCCAACGAACUAAUACAAGGUGGUCUCAGUUCGAUAAAAUCCGCCGCGACGUCGAUGGUCAAGCGGAUGGAGGAGAUCAAGGAGGCCAUAUCGACGUCGGCCAAUUCGACGCCUGUCAAAGUCUCGGUGGGGGGUGAUCGACUGGCGGCGGGCGACGCCCCGGAAUGCGCCGAAUGCGAAUCUAAUGAAGGCAGCGAUUGUGGUGACAGGCACAGGAAAAUAUCUGCGGAACUGAGCAGCUACAGGGGUAGUUGCACGAAUUUGAAAGACUACGACGAGCCGCUGCCCGAGAGCCUGUUUCCAAUGCCGAAGGAAGACAGAACUGACACCGAACUGGACAUCACCUUAACGACAUGUUCUCAAUGUCACAACUGCUCAUGCCUACUAUACGACGAAGACAUAAUGGCCAACUGGUCACCAGAAGACUCGAAUCUGAACACCCUUUGCCAAGCCUGUGGAAAGUCGACGGUACCUUUUCUAACUGUUGCAAUAACGGGGCCAGACAUCAAGCCGUGCGAUCCCUUCAGCAUACCGUACUUAAACCCGCUCGUAUUGAGGAAGGAACUGGAGAACAUCCUCGCUCAAGAAGGAGAUUUGAGUCUCGCCGAUUCCAAGUUCCUUGAUGAUCACCCCAUCAUCUAUUGGAACUUGGUGUGGGUGUUUGAGAGGAUCAAUGUUCAAACGCACCUCCCGAACCUGUAUUUGAGGAACAAAGCGGACAGCGGUAGUACGGGGAGUAACAAAAAAUUGGACGACUCUUCUGUUGAUUGUGGAAUCGAUAACGGAGGGGUUAAUUUGAUGAAACCUGUGGAAGAAGGGACUGAUCCUCUCACGCAAGAACUCACGACUUUAGCCCAAUUGGCAGCUCAAGUGAGAAUUCGAUGCCUCUGGGACGAACCUGGUCUCCAUUUGGAAGGCCCACCUAUGUAUACGCUAUGGAAAAUGAGGGACACUAUACAAAUGAAUUCGAGUGGUAGGAACACGAAAACGUUUAUGCAACAAGUCAUAAACUAUAUUCGUGUUAGCGAUUUGGCCGAACCAGUCCGAACUUUGGCUAGUGAAAGAAAGAACGAAGACUUGAACAAUAAGUGCAACUCGAUCUACAGGGAUAUUUUAUUUUUAGCUUGCAAAGCUUUGGGUAGGGCGCAGAUAGACAUAAACGCCUUCGAUAAGGAAUACGCGACCGCCUAUUCUAGAAUUGCAGAGCGACAAAUCGAACUCUUUCCCCAGGAUAAGCCUGUUAGUUUAUCUGCCUUAUAUUGUCGACAGUACUUCAGGCCUCUCACUUUACCUUGAGUUCUGUGAUGUGGUUUUUGUUGAGGUUUGUGGUCUUGGUUUUUUGAUCAAUUAUUCCAGAGAAGUGAGGGGAUUUGUUUAAGUUUUUACGUUAAUUUAAGUUAUUUAAGAUGUAAAAUAAAUCUGUUAAUUUGUGAAA